CCACAGCCCCGUCGGGAACCAGCGCGCUGAGUCACGUCUCCGUGAAGAUCAGCACACAGCAGUCUUUCAGGGAUUGCUGGGUGUUGAUCCAGAGCCUUACUGUAGAUAACAUAUGCAUGUGCCUUUAAUAUAGUUACCUCAUCACUACUAACCACUCCCCAUAUCACAAGUAUAAUUACAACCUCCCCACCCACAUAUCGCUCUCUAGCUUCCGUGACAGACCACGUACAGCUAGUGCUCUUUGUAUAAAAUACAGUAUGAAUAAAAUGAAGUAGUUACAGUGUGUCGCUAUCACUUCUUUACAUGGUGUCAGAAGUGGGAUUCGAACCCACGCCUCACAGGGAGGGAAGAUGGCAAGAUGCAAACCCGGUCGGGAUGUGUUGUCAAGCCGCCUGUCCGCUAUGGCGACUUUGCUUAACCAUUCUAGCACAUGAGACGUGGUCGCCCUGUCACUACUUUGUUUGCCUUUCUUUUCCAAGGGGAAGGAUGUAGAUGAGAUAUGCAUGUGCCUUUAAUAUAGUUACCUCAUCACUACUAACCACUUCCCAUAUCACAAGUAUAAUUACAACCUCCCCACCCACAUAUCCCUCUCUAGUUUCCGUGACAGACCACGUACAGCUAGUGCUCUUUGUAUAAAAUACAGUAUGAAUAAAAUGAAGUAAAGUUACAGUGUGUCGCUAUCACUUCUUUACACUUACCUCAUCCAGCUUGUUGGUGAGUGAGCGGACAUUUGCGAGAAAGACGCUUGGUAGGGAUGGUCGUUGUGGAGCCCUCCUUAGCCUGGCCUGCACCCCCGCUCGCCUCCCAUGUUUCUGUUUUCUCUCCCGGCGCUUGCUCCGUCUCCUACCCUCCGGAGUGGUGAUCCAGGGAGCUGUUUAGCCUUGCUCCAUUGGGAUUUUGCUGAGGGUACUUUCGUAUUCACAAUCCAGUUUCUCGCAGCCACGUCCGAUGUUGAGCAGUUCCGUUCGGCUCCAUGUGCGACCCGUCGGGAUUUCGGCUUGGGUACUGGAUUUUUCUGUACUGGUGGUGAGUUCUUUUCUGGGGUUUUUAAGUACCUGGUUUUCACAACUGCGUUCGAUACUGGGCUGCUCCGAAUUGAAUCGGUCUUGGAGAACGCAAAGCCGCUGCGUGUGGACGCGCCGCCAUGUUUUUUUUUACUUAAACGAAAAAGCACCUCGGCCCACAGCUUAUCAUUUUAUUUCUUUAUCAGAUUCCACACCUGCAUUAUUUGUCCUCUCCGCUUCACCUCCAACUAGAGUUGCCAACUUUCUCACUCCCAAAUAAGGGACAAAAGGUCAAAAUACGGGACAAAUUCCCGACGGCAAUUCUUUGACUGACUCGGCCGUGGCUGGGUGAAUGAUGAGUUGGCCCGGGUGCUGGACUGCACACAAAGCCCAGCCGGUGGGCCAGCUGAGGAGUUUUGGCCUGGGCUGCGCGAUGCCACAUGCAAAGUCCAGCACCCUAUCCAACAUGAACCGAUGAUCAGCCAUGAGAAGGAGGGGUGGUGGUGUCGGCGGUAAAUGAAAGUCCGAAGGUCGGACAGCUGGCCAGGCUGCUGACCGAUGGGGCCACGGGCGGGACACUGCUGCUGCACUCCAUGGGGUGGACUACUUCGGGACGGGUGAGGCGGGACUAGACGUGGCGCUCCGACACGAUAGUCCCCUCGACCGAGUAGUAGAGGUCAAAUACGGGACAAGGGUGGUCCUUUAUGGGACAAACCAAUUUAGCCCAAAAAAUGGGAUGUUUCGGUGUAUACGGGACAGUUAUCAACCCUACCAAUGUUGGUUACUGACUCUAUCCUCUCUCCCCACCUGACCCAUCUGCCAAUUAACUGCUCCUCACCUGAAUCCACCUAUCACUUGCUGGUUCUUGCCCACCCCUCUCUCUACCAUUUUUCUCUCCUCCAUCAGUUUGAAGAAGGUCCAUAUUGCAAAAUGGCAUUGUCCAUUUCAUUCCACAGAUGCCGACUGACCUACUGAGUUCCACCAGCAGUUUGUUGUUUGCUCAAGAUUGCAGCAUUUGCAGUUUCUUGUGUCUCACAGCAUUCUGUUGAUGACCAUGGGGGACCAGAGAGCAAAGGAGACUGUCCCCAAACAAUCCUGUUACACCCACGUCCCAUUUCUCACCUGACUGCUCCUGAUGGAAACACGCUUAUGAAUGUAAGGAAAUGGGAAGACGAAUGCAGAAUUUGUGGAGAGAGCACAUCAGCACACCGUGAUGGAAACAUUAAAGUGUAAUGUGAUAGAUACACUUAAAAUGCUGGAGUAACUAAGGCAGCAACUCUGGAGAGAAGGAAUGGGUGAUGUUUCGGAUCGAGACCCUAAAGUUUAAUGUAAUUACUUUUUGUAAUGAAAGCUGGUUCUGAGUAUGAGAUGUUUUGUGGGAUAGAUCAGAAUAGAAUGCUGUUGAAAGAUUUAAGUUAUGGUAAAGACACCAAGUUCCACAAACUUAAAACCCUGGUAAACUGAGCCAAGAGGGAGAGAGAGAGAGAGAGAUUUCCUUGAAAUGUCAGAAGGCAGUUACUCCAGUCUGGAUGGGUGUAAACAUUAUAUCAGCUGGGUCUUUCAAUGGUGGGGCAAGGUAGCAACAAGAUAUACCAGGAGGGGGUGUCAUUGUGGUGAGAUUCCAACACCCAUUCAAAUAUAGAAUGACCCAACCCCUCCUGUUGACCAUCAUGGGUCAUGGUCACUUUAAUUAAGUUUCUGGCCAGUGGUAACUUCCAGGACGUUCAUGGGAAUUCAACUCUUUGGGUCUUUGCGUGUUUGCCAAAGUUUCUACCCGUAUCACCUAGAUGGAUGAAGAUGCGUACGGGCAAAUUCCCCUUCAAGUUACAUAUCCUAGCAUUGGAAUGUGUUGUCAUUCCUUUAUUAUCAUGAAUCCAAAUCAUUAAACUUCCUAUGCAACAACAGUGUGAGACCACCUUGCUAGGUGAACGGCAAUUAGUGAUAGGCAAAAAGUGCCGAUGAUUAAACAAGUUCACAGUACUCUCUCCCUGGCAGUUGGCCAGGUUAUCAUAACUAACAAACGAUUGCACAAGAAAUCAAGAAUGCUCAUCAGUUCGGGUAAUCUGGCUUGUCUAUGCAAGCUAUGUCUUGGCUUUUGGAGGAGUUUCAAUGAAUACGGUUUUGUCAAAUGAAUACGUAAUUACAAAGUCCUGCCUCUGAACUUGUUGACACGGUAGAUCCAUCUGGAAACAAGUACAUUUAAGAAGUUGUUCAGAUUCACUUCCUGACAAUAUCAGAUUCAUGGAAGAUUGCCUUGUCAAAGAAAAUGUCAAGAGCAGAUAUGCCAGAAUGUAAUGCAUACAUUUAUUAUGCACUAACAGGCAAAUUGCUUUUAAUUACAAUUCACAUGUUUGUGCAAAUGGGAAGACAUCCAUUAUUAUACGGGAGAUAUGUAACUAAUGACCAAUCUCUGAUGCUUGUCCCUGCUAAGGUGGGAUGGUUUGUCAUGGAUCUGCCAUCAUUUCUCAUACCAGUUCUAUUACUUUACCUAUCUGGCAGUUUGGACAGCACAGUAAAGAAAUUGCUUUUGUUUCUGUUCUUCGGCCACUACUUUCACAGGACAUUUAUCUAUGGAAUUACAACCAAAGGAAACCCAGUACCUUGCAACAUUGUUAUCUCGUCGAUUAUAUUUUGUGCUUUUAAUGGCUACCUUCAGGGAUACAGCCUGAUUUACUGCACUCACUAUGAUGACGACUGGACCUCUGAAAUCAGAUUCAUUUCAGGUGUUCUGCUAUUUUUGAUGGGACUAACAAUCAACAUUCACAGUGACUACAUGUUAUUGGGCCUAAGAAAAUCCAAUGAAUAUAUUUAUUUUAUUCCUCAAGGUGGGUUUUUUGAAUACGUCUCAGCGGCUAAUUAUUUUGGUGAAAUAGUGGAGUGGUUCGGCUAUGCUCUUGCAACAUGUACUUUUCCAGCCUUCUUGUUUGCCAUUUUCACUGCAAUUAAUCUGGGAUUUCGUGCACACCAACAUCACAGAUACUAUUUGCAGAAGUUUGAUGAUUACCCCAAAUCGAGGAAAUCCUUGAUACCUUUCAUCAUUUGAGAGUCAACUGGAAGAUAAUGG